GCUCCACUGAGCGGCUGGAGGACGGUUGCCUGGUGUCACCAGCGAGCCGCAAGUAUGGCGGCGGCGCGCGCCGACGGGACUUUGCCUCCGGGAGAAGGAUCAGUAGUCAAUUGGUCAGGCCAAGGACUACAGAAAUUAGGUCCAAACUUACCCUGUGAAGCUGAUGUACACACUCUGAUUCUGGAUAAAAAUCAGAUUAUUAAAUUGGAAAACCUAGAGAAAUGCAAACAAUUAAUACAGUUGUCAGUGGCUAAUAAUCGCCUGGUUCGGAUGAUGGGAGUGGCCAAACUGACUCAACUCCGAGUAUUAAAUUUACCUCACAACAGCAUUGGCUAUGUGGAAGGUCUAAAGGAACUAGUACAUUUGGAAUGGCUGAAUUUGGCAGGAAAUAAUAUUAAGGCCAUGGAGCAGAUGAAUAGCUGCACAGCUCUUCAGCACCUUGAUUUGUCAGACAAUAACAUACCUCAGAUAGGUGACUUAUCUAAAUUGAGAUCCCUGAAGACACUGCUUUUACAUGGAAACAUCAUCACCUCUCUUAGAAUGGCACCUGCUUAUCUACCCAGAAGUCUUGCUAUACUUUCUUUGGCAGAAAAUGAAAUUCGGGACUUAAAUGAGAUCUCUUAUUUGGCAUCCCUUACUGAAUUGGAACAGUUGUCAAUUAUGAACAAUCCUUGCGUGAUGGCAACACCUUCCAUUCCAGGGUUUGACUACCGGCCAUAUAUCGUCAGCUGGUGUUUAAAUCUCAGAGUCCUUGAUGGAUAUGUGAUUUCUCAGAAGGAAAGUUUGAAAGCUGAGUGGCUCUAUAGUCAAGGGAAAGGGCGAGCCUAUCGGCCCGGCCAGCACAUUCAGCUUGUCCAAUAUCUGGCUACAGUUUGUCCUCUUACUUCUACAUUGGGCCUGCAAACUGCAGAAGAUGCCAAACUAGAGAAGAUUCUGAGUAAACAGAGGUUUCACCAGAGACAGUUGAUGAACCAAAGCCAAAAUGAAGAGUUUGCUCCUAUUGAACUAAGGGUACCCCUGUCACCUGAGCAUUCAAGCCCUGUUCAGGAUUGCCAGAUAGCCCAGGAAAACGAACCUGUCAUCCAAGUCAACUCUUGGGUUGGAUUAAGCAGUAAUGAUGAUCAGUUACAUGCUGUUCUGAAUAACUUUCCAGCCUCUGCAAAUACUACAAGAUAUUCUCGAAAUGACCUGCACCUAGAAGAUAUACAGACGGAUGAGGACAAGUUAAAUUGUAGUCUUCUUUCUUCAGAGUCUACUUUCAUGCCAGUUGCAUCAGGACUGUCUCCAGUGUCACCCACCGUGGAACUGAGGCUCCAGGGCAUUAACUUGAGCCUGGAAGAUGAUGGUGUUGCAGAAGAAUCUAUGAAAGGGCUAGAAAAUCAGGACAUGAAUAAGGAAGAGUUAAAGGCUUUAUGGGAUACAAAUGAGAGUUCUGUUCAAAUUUUUAAAAGUAAGGUCUGUACAGAAGUCAGUGAGAAAGCGGGGCUAAUACCUUGCCACGAGGCAAUAAUAGUCAGUGCAGUCUUGAAGGAUGUUAACCAUAGUCUUACAUCUCUUCCUGAACCAGCUAGUCACAGUGUGUUGCAUGCAGAACCACAUAGUGACGAAACGAUGUCUCAGAUAACUUUAGGGGAACUUCCCUGCAGAAUUUUAACCAAGGCGUCUGUUGCUUUGGGACAAGACAGCAUUGCCCUUCAGAAAUUGAAUGAAGCAGCUACCAAACUUCAGGCCUGUUGGCGAGGGUUUUAUGCCAGGAACUACAACCCUCAAGCCAAAGAGGUGCGUUAUGAAAUCCGACUGCGCAGAAUGCAGGAGCACAUUGUCUGCUUAACUGAUGAAGUACGGAGACUAAGAAAGGAAAGAGAUGAAGAACGUGUUAAAAAGUUUGUACAAGAAGAGGCUGUGAGAUUCCUUUGGAACCAGGUAAGAUCUUUACAAGCUUGGCAGGAGACAGUAAAUCAGCGCCUAAUUUCCUGGAAUAAGGAUGUUCCUCCUAUAUCAAGUACUCUGCUGCCAUCUGGACCUCCACUAUUCACACAAAGUCAGGACCUCUCUUUUGAACAAAAGUCUGAUUGGUUCAUUGCUCAGGACCAAGUUCCUCAAGAAAAAUCCUUACCUGAAUUUCCAGAUUCGGGUUUUCAUUCUUCCCUAACAGAACAAGUUCAGUGUUUGCAAGAUUCUUUGGAUUUUGAAAAAAAUUCUACAGAAGAUAGUGAAAGUUCCAUAAUGGGGAAUUCCAUUGACACAGUGAAAUAUGGCAAAGAGCCAGAUUUAGAGGAUGUUAGUGAAGAACAUGGUGAUCGGAGUGGGGAAAGCUCCCACACUGAGCAAGAUAAUAAUCUGCUUGAACAAUAUUUAACUUCAGUUCAACAGCUUGAAGAUGCCGAGGAGAGGACAAAUUUUGAUGAAGGAUCAGGAGAUAGUCAGCUUCAUAUAUCUGGUUCCCCAGACAAGUUAGAUGCCUUGUCUGACAGUGCUUCUGUAGAGGAGACCCAAAAUGUAUUUCCCACUUCACAAGAUGAAAUCAGCCAGGCACCAGAGAAUUGUAAAUUAAAUGCAGAAGUUCAGGGGCAGCAGUCAGAAUGUGAUUCCACAUUUCAGAUAUUGCAUGUUGGUAUUACUGUAUAAUAUAUCAGGCUUUUGGGAAACAGAAAUGGACGUAAAUUUUUUUAAAGAAUAUUUUCAUUUGCCUUUCUGCUUUUGAAAGGGGAAUACUACGUCCCUAUUUUGUUACUAUUUAUAUAAAAUUGAUAUUCUUGUAUCAUAUUUUUCAGAUUCUAGAUAUUGAGUUGUUUUCAUUUUGAUUUUGCUAGCUUUUUGGCUCUAAUGUAUUAAAUAUUUAUAUUGAAAGCUAUAGGCACUUUAUUUCUUAAUAUUUGCAUGAACAAUGUCCUUUUAUGUAUUUCUUUCCUUUCAAAAACAGCUUCUUAAAAAAGUAGAAAAAAUUACAUUAAUAACAGACUAGAAGAAUUUUGGUUCUUCUGAGAAAGUUAUAUAGUAAGAAAUACAGUUUAUUAAAAUGAAUAUAAAUGACAAUUGUGAACUAUUGAAAUUUGCCAGAGUUCCUUGAAGUGAAAAUGUAUUGUUUAAAACUUUUUUUUCCCUUCUCUCUGAGUCAAGGGAAACUUUCAUAUAACUAAGUUGAGGAAGAAAAAUGGAGAUUAUAGAAUCUUUUUUCUUUCUUUUUUUUUUUUUUUUUUAGUGUAUUUGUGCUGGCAGUUGAAUCCAGGGCUUUGAGCAUGCUAAGCAUGUGCUCUCCUAUUGAGCUAGCCCCUCAGCCCAUAUAUUAUCUGAUUCUUAGUUAUUAAUUAUUCUUAGGAUAAUUAAAUUGUUUUAUAGAAAACUUAGUAAAUGUUGUAGAUAAGUUUAAAUGCAUGAAGUAAAGUAUUUCAUCCAGAAUUAAAAUUAAGCUUACUUAAGCAACAUAAGAAUCUUUCUCUUUGAUAUGAAGAGAGGCUAUGCUAGGCUCCAUUCACUUGAAAUAAUGCCAAGGCCAAAUUUUAUGCCAUUUUAUCUUUUCAGUGAGUGCUUUUUUUAUCCUAUAGGCAAGCAUUUAUAUGCCAAUGUGUGGCCAGAUAUUAACGUAUGUUUGUCUCCUCUCUUCUUGGUUGUAUUUCCACACUUAUGUUUGUAGAAGGUUCAAGGCCAUACCCUGUUUUUUGGUUUUGUUUUAAUUUUCUUUCUAGCCUUGGGAAUUCAACUCAGGGCCUUGUGCAUGCCAGGCAAGUAUUCUAACACAAAGCUACAUUGCCAGCCCUCACUUCUAACCUCUGACUCAUAGUGAAGAACAUUUAAAAUAAAUACUAGUGGUAAAGUAGGAGUAAUUAUUUUUUUUUUAAUUUUUACUACCUUAUCUCUGACAAGUGCCACAUUUGAAAGAUAAUUGAAUGGUGGUU